GAGAGAAACCAAGCAUCGAAGCAAGAGAAUGAAGGAGCAGAGAGAGAGCGAACAAAGGGAAAUGCAGGCGAUAGAGAAGAAGAUAGAAGCGCUAGAGAAACAGAAUUCUAAUCUGGUUCAAGCCAUCAUGCGUUCAAACCCUCAUCUCAACACGCAAGACUUUCUUUCCCGGGUGAAUGAUAUCUGUGAAGUCGACGGUCACGACCGCGUCUCGGCUGAAUUCAGUGCUCACGACGAUGUUGGUGAAAGCAUGCUGCGGUCUGCCUCAGCUUCCUCAACUGUCUCUCAACCCCUCCAAAGAUGUGUGGAGCUUGGCCCACGACCCACUAACUAGCAAACGACGUUCGAUGGAGGGC